AUGUCGACAUAUUUCCGGCCAAGAGCAUACCAAGCGUCUGCGCCACCGAGUCCUGUCCGUCCUGGAUCGAGUCGCCAGACAAUUCGGGCCAUUCCGCCGUCUCCGUCGCAGAGCUUGAGCGACGGGGUGGGCAGAAGCUGUGCUCAUUCAGAGACGGCAGAGGAUGAGCAGCAAGCAGCGAUAGAGCAGCAGGAUGCGCAGUCUAAGAGCGAGGAAGAAGUGGACGUAUCAAAGCGAGACAGCAGCGUGAACCAUGCAAAAGACAACUUUCCACAACCCUCGCCAGUCAGACCGAGAUUCUGGACUAAAAGCCACCACUACAGAAAGACAAGACUGCAUAACAAGGAUGGCUCCAUGAGCCACGAUGAUGAUGAAGCCGACAGCCACCAUGAAAGCAGUGAUAUGCCCGCCGAGUGUCCUGAUACACCAACACCCAUGACCGAGUCGCAGCGCAGAUUCGCAUAUCUGCCACUAGGCACGCCGAUCCCGUUUUCCCAUUCUAGGCGGUUACUCGGCACUAGAUCCGACGCUGCGUCUACGCCUACUCGUCCUACUACCGCUACUACUACAACCGCGGAUAAUAAUCAUGGUCGUAAUACGCCGACGCCCACACACAACAGCAGCAACCAGAAACCAAAUGUCGAUCAUACGGCGGAGCAAUAUCCAUCUUGCAAUAUAGCACACAGUUUGGAUUUGCAAUUUGCGCCGCCCAGGCCGCCGCCCCAGGGUAGUGCCGCCGCCACGGCCGCCGCGGUAGGUCCAAAACAGCAUCACGAGACGGCCACAUGCACAGCCAAGACGCACACGCAAUCUACACAUGAAACAACGCAGCAGCAGCACCGCGCCGCGCUUCCAGCCCUCCACCAGCACCAGCACCAAGACCGCAGCCAGCGCUAUAAUAUUACCACUACCACCCACCAUGUUCCCGCGGACCUGGCUUCCCCGCACCCAUCCCCAAAUCCAGCAUUCGCCUCCGCUGGUGCUACUGCUGCUACUGCGCAGGGUCGCAGCAUCGACGCCCAAAUGCACGACUACACUUCACUGCACCACGCGCGCCUUUUUGCGCCUUCCCUCGCGCCGCUGAAUACCACUUCAAAUCCAAAUUCCCAUCCUGAUCAACAUGAACAUUCCACCCACCGCACAUCCCCCUCCUCACCCUACUCGCCCCACGACCUCGGCCGCCACACCUCCAGCUCCCGCAUCUCCAGCGCCUCGGCCGGAACCAGCGUGUCACGCCGCAGCGUCUUCAGCACGCCCGGCCGCGACGAGCUGGAGCGCAAAAAGGCGCUUGUAGAGGCCGAUGACGGCCCGUUUGGCACCGUGGCGAGCAUGGCGGACCUGGAGGAGAGGAGACGCGGGAUUGGGUCGCGCGUGGGGUUCGUGAAUAAAGAGCUGCAUGAUGGUGGUGAGGAAGACGGAGGCAAUGGACGGAGGAAGAAGAAGAAGAGGUUUUGGAAUUGUGCGGUUGGAGUCAGGAUGAGGUUGAGGAGGGUGAGGGGGUGUAGUGUUAUGUGA